AUGCUGGGAAUGGCUGCAGCGGCUGCAUCACGGUGCAUGGGGCGGUGCAUGGGGCGCCGCCUGGGCCCCUGCAUGGGCCCCUGCAUGGGCCCCUGCAUGGGUCCCUUGGGCUGGAGGCCCAGCCGCUCCCUGCGGUCCGGGCCCGGCUCCCGGAGGGCUGGGCGGCUGCCCGGGCUGGCCUUGGCCCUGGGAGGCGCCUUGGGCCUCUACCAGGCCCUGCGUUGCCACCCGAGGACCCCGGAGCUCCGAGCCCACACACCCCACCCGGAGCAGCACGCGGAGGGCCGGCUGCGGCUCACCCUGUACCAGUACAAGACCUGUCCCUUCUGCAGCAAAGUGCGGGCCUUCCUGGACUUCCACGGGCUGCCCUACGACGUGGUGGAGGUCAACCCCGUCAUGCGGCGGGAGAUUAAGUUCUCCUCCUACAGGAAGGUCCCCAUCUUACUCGCUCACGGGAGCGGCUCUCUGCAACUUAACGAUUCCUCGGUGAUCAUCAGCGCCAUGAAGACGUACCUGGUUUCAGGGAGGAAGAGCCUGGAGGAGAUCAUCACGUAUUACCCGCCGAUGAAGACUGUGAACGAGCGGGGCAAGGAGGUGACCGAGUACGGAAACAAGUACUGGCUCAUGCUGGACGAGAAGGAGAACCAGCACGUCUACUCUGGGAAGGAAGCCCGUUUGGAGGAGAUGAAAUGGCGCAAAUGGGCGGACGACUGGCUAGUCCACCUGAUUUCCCCCAACGUUUAUCGCACGCCGGGCGAGGCCCUGGCCUCCUUCAGCUACAUCGUCCACGAGGGCAAGUUUGGACCGGUGGAGGGGGCCUUCGCCAAGUACUUCGGGGCUGCUGCCAUGUUCUUCAUCAGCAAGAGACUCAAGAGCAGACACCACCUCCAGGAUGACGUCCGGGCAGAUCUGUACCAGGCAGCCGACGAGUGGGUGGCAGCGGUGGGGAAAGACCGGCUCUUCAUGGGGGGGAUGGAGCCCAACCUGGCCGACCUGGCGGUGUACGGUGUCCUGCGAGUGAUGGAGGGCCUGGAGGCCUUCGACGAUAUGAUGCGCCACACCCAGAUCCGGCCUUGGUACCAGCGGGUGGAGCAAGCCAUCGAAUCCGCACCCAAGACCUACUGAGGGCCCCCACGGCGGCCAGAACUGGCAGGGAGAGGGUAGGGUCCGCCCGGGCUCCGGGGAAGCCAAGAUAGAAUGGGCCGAGGGGGCGGGGAGGAGAAGAGUGGCUACCUCCCCUGGCACCUGCCUUUCGCCUUCCUUCCAUCUUCCCACUUGGCUCUCCUACCUCCACCCCAGUCCGUUAAGUUUUCAAACCCAUUUAGCUCCGAGGCCGGUUGCUUUUCACUCAGAGGUUGCUGCGAGGGCAGAGCUCGGUUCUGUCUUGUGCCCAAAAUAACUGGCUGGGGCCGAAGCCAGCCUCGCUCUCCCUGCAGCAGCUGACCUGCCUUGGGCCGGAGGAGAUCUGGGCCGCCUGGAGCUGAGCUAUUUAUUCCCGUCAAGGCUGAGCAGCGGCAGGCCGGGGCAAGGCGUUGCUCAAGUUUAGCUCCGCCUGAGCUGGGGAUGGGUGAGCGUAGGGACUCCCCGGGGGGCUGGGGCGGCGGAGACUUUACCGUGCGGGGAGGUGAAGCUCAGCUGGCCCUCACCCAGCCCUGCUCCUGGGAGCCGUGGGAUGCAGUCCAGGGCCAUCCCGGUGCUUUCCCUGGCAGUUCUCUUCCACCUGAGUCAGUGGCGGAAAGGGUCCGGCCCAGAUUUCACCACUCGGGCAGGCCAUCCCACCCCGCCAGUUGAGCAGUCGGCAAUAAAGAAACGGUUCGCUGCUA